GCAAACCGAAACGACCGAUAGACCAGCAGCAGCCGCAGUCAGUCUCCAUGCGCGAUAAAGCGCCUCGCCGUUGAACCUCAUUCAGUAUUCAUCGUGAGUCGACAGUGCGCGGAUCGGUGCGGAAGUUGCGCGCGCGCCUCGAUUCCAACCCAUUUGGCGCUGCAUUUGCACUUUAUAGAAUAAUAGACAACCCGACAGGAACUGGGUGCAGUCAGCUGAGAGGGAGACAGAGUAAUUAAUCGCACAAGUGCAAGUAACUUUCUUCUGUUCAUCCGGUCGCAAUCUCUAGCAGCAAAGUUCUGUUUGACGAGUUCGGUUGGUGUUCAACGAGUGGUUCUUAUCGGUGCGAAACGUGAAGUAAUGGAUGAUUUAAGUUCCCGCAAGGUCGAACUCGGAGCAGCUGCUGACCUAAAUCAGCCUUUUCUCCUCGCUUAGUUCGUUGCGUUGAAGUUGGCUUGCAGGACAGGCUCUGCGGUUUGUAGCUGUGGAUGAGCCCACGCCUUUGCAGCGCAAGAUUCAAGUCAGUGCGUCGACCGCAAAGAUUGUGUGUUGGUAGAAAGGCAUAUACGAAGACAUCGCUCGGAUCAAGUUCCAAGUCCACGGUGCAACGGUGAAGAUUACCGCAGGGAAUGGUCGGGAAGCGAAACGAAACGAUAAGAUAUUGUGUUUAUUCAGUUUGUGAAAAUAAUUGCAUUCGAGCGUGAAUCAGUUUUACAAGUCAAGGAGACCACUGAGUGCAGUGCACCGCGUGUCAGGGUGUAAGUCAAGUUACGGUAGAUUAAGGUGCACAGAAGCCUGGGGGUUGUAUUUUUAGAAACCGUUGAUUGAGCGGUGUAGUGUGGUGGGAAAUUUUCGUCUCAAUUUGAAGCCAAGGAGCAAGUCGGCAAGAAUCCGUGCAAUCACGGGAAGGAACGCAAAUGUUUGUUGUGAAAGAGGCUGAAGAAUAAGUGAAGAAGUGAAAGUUCAAUAUACCCGAGUCGAGAUGGCGGAAUCUUACGAGAUGUGUAGCACUAGUAGCAGCACCACUAGCAAUACUGUCGACGAUAGUCCCAGUGGAAGCAGCCGGAGAAUUGCAGUUGCUCCUCUGGCCGUAGAGGAGGAAGCGGAACAGUUCAAGGAAGCUGAGCUAAUGAUUCAGGAGAUGGGACAAGAUGAGGCAGCAACGGGAUUGGUAGCAAAACGUCCCAUCACUUUGGGACUGGCACCGCUGAAGAUGCCACUGACUCACCCGGGGUUCGAUCGUAGUCCCAGCAUGGGUGGAGGGUCAACUGCGUCUUCCCUGGCUGCUGCGCGGCUCUUCAAACCGGUUACCAUCAGCUUCAAGGAUCUUUCCUACUCGGUGCGGACGGGUAUCUUUCGAAAAGGUCGAGAUAUCCUGAAAAAUAUCAAUGGAGAGUUUCGAGCGGGUGAGCUGACGGCUAUCAUGGGACCAUCCGGUGCUGGAAAGAGUACGCUGUUAGACAUUCUUGCCGGCUAUACGGAAAGCGAGUUUACCGGUGAGAUCCUUAUCAACAAACAACAGCGUGAUUUGAAGCGUUUCCGGCGCCAGUCCGCCUACAUCAUGCAGGACCACGACCUGCAACCGCACCUCACCGUACUGGAGGCAAUGCACUUCUCGGCCAAUCUCAAAAUCGGCACCGAGCUCAGUCCGGCCAGUAAAAAGAUUCGGAUGAAUGAUAUCCUCUGUGCCAUAGGCCUGCAAGAAAACAAGAAAACGCGCACGGCCAAACUCUCCGGCGGGCAGAAGAAGCGUCUGGCGAUCGCGCUCGAGAUCGUCAACAAUCCACCAGUGAUGUUCUUCGACGAACCGACCAGUGGGCUGGAUAAUUCCACGUCGAAAAAGUGCGUCGAACUGCUGAAACAGUUGGCCCGCGAAGGUCGAACCAUCAUCUGCACGAUCCAUCAACCGUCCGCGCUGCUGUUGAACAUGUUCGAUCAUCUGUUCACGGUGGCCGAGGGCCAGUGCAUUUUCACCGGAACGAGCAACAACAUUGUGCCAUUUUUGAAGGAGUUGGAUAUUAUCUGCCCGGAAUACUACAGUCCGUCGGAUUUCUUGCUGGAAAUCGCAACCCACGACUACGGGCGUCAGAAUGAAAAACUUGUUGCCAAAACGGAAAACGGCAAAAGCACGGCAUACCGAAGGCACGAACCCUUCACCCCCUUCCUGAUGCCGAUCCUUGAAUCCCCAGUUUCCAUCGAGCUUCCGGAGCUACCAGUGAAAGAGGAAUCCAACUCACCUCUAGCCAAACCAAAGAAACUAGCCAAGAAGUUGUCGCUGAAUCCGGAGAAAUGGUGCGGCCGGGAUGAGAUCUAUACCACUAGCUUCUGUCGACAGUUCUCCUUGCUGCUGCUGAGGACCUUUCUCAUUCUAAGUCGGGAUCGAUCGCUGAUGACGAUGCGGUUCAUCAUCCACUGUACGAUUGCUCCGCUGAUUGGGGUGCUAUACUUUGGCAUCGGGAACCAAGCGCAACAUAUUUUCAAUAGUUUUAACUACGUGUUCUUUUCGAUUAUGUUUCUGAUGUUCACCGCGUUCAGUUCGAUGACGAUGGCAUUCCCCCUGGAGCUUCCGAUCAUCACCCGGGAGCAUUUUAAUCGGUGGUAUUCGCUGCGGGCUUACUACAUAGCGAUGACGGUGGCGGACAUUCCGAUUCAGGUCCUGUGCACGGUGACCUACAUUGCCAUCACGUACUACAUGACGGGUCAACCUCCGGAGGCCUACAGGAUGGGACUGUUCACGCUGAUUUGUCUGAUGGUGGCAUGGGUGGCGCAAGGUCUGGGGCUGCUGGUGGCGUCCCUGUUUGAUGUAAAGAACGGAGCCAUCUUCGGGCCAUUCUUCAUCUGCCCGUUCCUGAUAUUCUCCGGGUUCUUUAUCCAUCUGAACGACGCCCACCCGGUCAUGCACUGGCUGUUCCACAUUUCGUUUCUCAAGUACGCCCUCCAGGGUGCAACGGUGGCCAUUUUUGGGUUCGACCGGCCCAAGCUGGACUGCGAGGAGACGUACUGCCAUUUCGUGUUGCCAAAGAAGUUUCUCAAGGAGAUCGACAUGCUGAGCGCGGACAUUGUCGAAGCUGUGAUUGCACUGGCGGUGAUCUUUUUCGUCUUCCGGGUAGCGGCCUUCUACGUGAUGCGGUACAGGCUGAAGAACAAGAGCUGAGCCUGGGGAGUUUGUGAUAUGACGCAGAGUUGUGAUUUCGUCCCGGCCAGAGUUUUAUGAGCGGUUUUUUUUACUAGAAUAGUCAUUUCAAUUAAGUUACACCAACAAAGAAGUCGAGUUGACAUUCCUUUUCCCCACGUCUACUAGAGCUGUGUAGAGUUGUAUUGGUCGUACGAGCAGAUAAUAAUCACAUAUGAUAGGGAUCGAUAUCAAUAUGAAUAGUCAUCGAGAAGUUGUUUGUGAGGCAAGUGAUUGAGUGAUGAUUUUAUCGUUGGUCUUGCAUUUAGCUAGCGUUGUUAACAGUAAGGGGAUGUAUUCCUUAUGAUUUAAAUUUUAAAGAAAUAUUCGAAUGCGUAAUAAAUAAGUUGCGGAGUUAAA